GGGGCCGCGCGCGCUUGUAUUCCUAUCGGCCAAAGUGCAUCAUUUUAUUUUAGUUUAAGCUUUUCCCGAUGCCGUUAAGAGGCGUUAAGGUUUUAGAGUUUGUGGGACUUGCUCCUGGCCCAUUGUGUGGCAAAAUACUCGCCGACUUUGGCGCCAGCGUUACGCGCAUAGACAAGGUACUAGACAAUCCGUUGGAUGUACUGCAUCAUGGGAAACGCACUCUGGUCGUUGAUUUAAAAAAGGCUGCGGGCCAGCGGCUUGUACAGCAAUUGGCCAAGAAAUAUGACGUGAUAGUUGAACCAUUUCGUCCCGGAGUCAUGGAGAAGCUUAAUUUGGGCCCUGGACAACUUUGCACAGAUAAUCCGCGCUUAAUCUAUGCGCGCCUAACGGGAUUUGGACAGAAGGGCCGCCAAGCAGCUCGUGCUGGCCAUGAUCUCAAUUAUGCAGCAGUAUCUGGCGUGCUAUCGAUGCUGGGCCGGGAGCAUGAGAAACCAACGGCGCCCAUCAAUCUCUUGGCUGACUUUGCGGGCGGAAGCGUUAUGUGUGCAUUGGGCAUAUGUGUGGCAUUGCUGGAACGCCAUAGGUCAGGUCUUGGCCAGGUGGUGGAUGCAGCGAUGGUGGACGGCGCUGCAUACGUGGCCAGCUGGUUAUUUAUGUCCAGGGAGCUCAGCAUAUGGAAUCAGAGUCAACAGCGUGGAGUCAAUCUGCUUGAUGGUGGCGCCUAUUUCUAUGAUACCUAUAAAACAAAAGAUGGACUUUUUAUGUCCGUGGCCGCAUUGGAGCCCCAGUUCUUCGAGCUGCUUAAGGAUCGUUUGCAAUUGCCGCAGGAGCUGUCGCAGUAUGGAGAAGAACACCAAAUCCUUGGCAAGCAGCUAUUAACUGAUAUAUUUCUAACAAAAUCCCGAGCCGAAUGGUCAGCAAUAUUUGAAGAUGUCGACGCGUGUGUCUAUCCCGUAGUUGAUUGGCAGAAAGUCCAGGAGCAUGGUCACAACUCAGAACGCCAGUCAUUUGAGCGUGUUGACGACAUUUUGGCGCCCCGUCCAGCUCCCCGUCUAAGCCGUACACCUGGUAAAUUACGCCGAAAUGUGCAAAUGGAUAUACAAUCCCUGCUGGAUGAGCUGAACAUAAAGCCUGAGCAACUGCGUCGACUGCAAGAGGAAGGCGUGUUGUCGUUUCCGAUUAAUCCAAAACUGUAGGAUUACAAAUAAAAAACGAUCGUUUGUUUUCUUGCAUUCAAAA